AUGCAGGCCACGUCCGCGACGGGCGCGGGCGCCGUCGCCCGCGGCGCCGUCGCCGUCGCGGGCGCGCGCGCGUCGUCGAUUCGCGGCGUCGCCGCGCUGCCCGCGCGGCGCGCGUCUCGCGCGCUCGCGCCGCGUCGCCGCGUCGCGCCGCGCCGCGCGGCCGUCGCCGCGCGGGCGUCCAUCGGCGGCGAGUUCCCCGUGUUCGACGUCAUCAACGACGCGGUCAUCAACGCGCACGCGAGCGCGAUGACGUCGGACGCGCUCGGAUCCAUUUUCCAAGUCGCGGACGCCGCGGCGGUCGACGUGGAGGAGAUCCCGGGGCUGCAGAAGGGCGGCUGGCUCGGGCCGAUCACGGACUUCCUCGAAGCUUCCCUCGGGGUGAUCGACCAAGGCCUCGAGGGCCUCAACGUGCCGUACUCCUACGGCUACGCGAUCCUCGUCCUCACCGUCGUCGUCAAGCUCGUCACGUUCCCGCUCACGAAGAAGCAGGUGGAGGGUUCCAUCGCGAUGCAGGCGCUACAGCCGCGCGUCAAGGAACUUCAAGCCAUGUACGCCAACGACCCCGAGCGUCUGCAGAUGGAGACGGCGCGUCUGUAUAAGGAGGCGAACUUUAACCCGCUCGCGGGGUGCCUCCCCACGUUCGCGACGCUCCCGGUGUUCAUCGGGCUGUACCGCGCGCUGUCCAACGCCGCGACGGAGGGCAUGCUCGAGGAUGGAUUUUACUGGAUCCCGUCGCUAGGCGGACCGACGUCCAUCGCGGCGAGGAACGACGGCAGCGGGUUCUCGUGGCUGUGGCCGUUCGUCGACGGCGCGCCGCCGCUGGGGUGGCACGACACCGCGGCGUACCUCGCGCUGCCGGUGCUUCUCGUGGUGUCGCAGUUCGCGUCGCAGAAGAUCAUGACGCCGGACCAGGGCAAGGAUGUGGAUCCGUCGCAGGCGUCGUCGCAGGCCAUCUUGAAGUUUUUGCCGUUCAUGAUCGGCUUCUUCUCGCUGAACGUCCCCGCGGGUUUGACCCUGUACUGGUUCGCGAACAAUAUCUUCUCCACGGCGCAGACGGUGUAUCUGCGCAAGACGACGAAGGCGCCGGAUUCGAUUCAAAACGUCGGCGGAGGCUCCGCGGCGAUGCCGAUGCCCGGCACGACGCCCGCCGCGACGCAGCCGGUGCGCGUCGAGUACGUUCCGAAGAGCCAGAGGAAAUCCGGCGGCGCCGCGCCGAAGCCGCCGCCGCCCAGGGUGGAGGCGAUGCCCGCGGCGGUGGCAUCCGAGUUCGCGGAUUUUGACGACGGGCCGGCGAGGGUGACGGAGACGGUGGAGGGGGUCGUCGUCGGCGGCGACGGCGCGGACGCGACGGAGAGCGCGGGCGGCGGGGGCGGCGGGGACGCGCGGGGGAAGGGGAGCAAGAAGAGCAAGAAGGCGGCGGGGUCUCGUAAGCGACGUAACAAAUCCCGGUGAUGUGAUGGACGACGCGACGUGAGAGAGACGCGGCCGGCUUUUUCAUCGAAGCGAAACAGAAAUCAUUCGUUC